CCCUUCCCCACCCCCUCCUCCGUCUUGGUCCCCGGCGCUGCUCCGGACCACUAUGACCAUGAGAUCCGCAGUGUUCAAGGCGGCCGCGGCCCCUGCCGGCGGCAACCCUGAGCAGCGACUGGACUACGAGCGGGCUGCGGCGCUGGGCGGGCCGGAGGACGAGCCCGGGGCGGCCGAAGCCCACUUCCUCCCCCGGCACCGUAAGCUCAAGGAGCCGGGACCCCCGCUGGCCUCCUCCCAGGGCGGGAGCCCCGCGCCUUCCCCGGCCGGCUGCGGCGGCAAGGGCCGGGGCUUGUUACUCCCGGCCGGGGCGGCCCCCGGGCAGCAGGAAGAGAGCUGGGGCGGUUCGGUGCCCUUGCCCUGUCCGCCCCCGGCCACCAAACAAGCCGGCACUGGGGGGGAGCCAGCCGCAGCCGGCGCUGGCUGCAGCCCCCGGCCCAAGUAUCAGGCGGUGCUGCCCAUUCAGACGGGCUCUCUCGUGGCGGCGGCCAAAGAGCCUACGCCCUGGGCUGGGGACAAGGGUGGGGCGGCUCCCCCAGCUGCCACCGCUUCGGACCCGGCGGGACCCCCACCACUACCUCUGCCCGGGCCGCCACCCCUCGCGCCCACCGCCACAGCCGGGACCCUGGCGGCCAGCGAGGGCAGAUGGAAGAGUAUGAGGAAGAGCCCUCUCGGGGGUGGCGGCGGCUCGGGAGCCUCCAGUCAGGCCGCCUGCCUCAAACAGAUCCUUCUGCUGCAAUUGGACCUCAUCGAACAGCAGCAGCAGCAGCUGCAGGCCAAGGAAAAGGAGAUCGAGGAGCUGAAGUCAGAGAGAGACACGCUCCUUGCUCGGAUUGAACGUAUGGAAAGACGGAUGCAGCUGGUAAAGAAGGAUAACGAGAAAGAAAGGCACAAGUUGUUUCAGGGCUAUGAAACUGAAGAGAGAGAGGAAACAGAGCUAUCUGAGAAAAUUAAACUGGAGUGCCAGCCGGAGCUUUCGGAGACAUCCCAAACUCUGCCUCCCAAGCCUUUCUCAUGUGGGCGGAGUGGAAAGGGACACAAAAGGAAAACCCCAUUUGGAAGUACAGAAAGAAAGACUCCUGUUAAAAAGCUGGCUCCUGAAUUUUCAAAAGUCAAAACAAAAACUCCUAAGCACUCUCCCAUUAAAGAGGAACCCUGUGGUUCCCUAUCUGAAACUGUUUGUAAACGUGAAUUGAGGAGCCAAGAAACCCCAGAAAAGCCCCGGUCUUCAGUGGACACCCCACCAAGACUCUCCACUCCCCAAAAGGGAUCCAGCGUUCACCCUAAGGAGAAAGCCUUCUCAAGUGAGAUAGAAGAUUUGCCGUACCUUUCUACCACAGAAAUGUAUUUGUGUCGUUGGCACCAGCCUCCCCCAUCACCGUUACCAUUACGGGAAUCCUCUCCAAAGAAGGAGGAGACUGUAGCAAGGUGUCUGAUGCCAUCAAGUGUUGCAGGAGAAACUUCAGUCUUGGCUGUUCCUUCUUGGAGGGACCAUUCUGUAGAGCCUCUAAGGGACCCAAAUCCUUCAGACCUUCUAGAGAAUCUGGAUGACAGUGUGUUUUCUAAGCGGCAUGCAAAACUGGAGCUGGAUGAAAAGAGAAGGAAAAGAUGGGAUAUUCAGAGGAUCAGGGAACAAAGAAUUUUACAGCGACUGCAGCUCAGAAUGUAUAAAAAGAAAGGAAUUCAGGAAUCUGAGCCUGAGGUUACCUCAUUUUUCCCUGAACCAGAUGAUGUUGAAAGUUUGAUGAUUACCCCCUUCUUGCCUGUUGUAGCAUUUGGACGACCAUUACCAAAAUUAACUCCACAGAAUUUUGAGCUGCCCUGGUUGGAUGAGCGUAGCCGAUGCAGGUUGGAGAUCCAGAAGAAGCAAACGCCUCACCGGACGUGUAGGAAAUAGCUGUGCGGACAAGAACCCUCUGUCUUCAGAUAGUUGUAGCAUGCCAUUCCCAGAGAGUGGCAGAGACCUGUAUAUGUGACCUAUGUCCUCAUGUAUGUUAUCAUCAUUCUUUGAUAAUACCUUCCAUACUCCCUCAAUUUUAGUUUUGUUUUCAUCACUCUGAUUUCCUAAAAACUCUCUUUCAUUGGGCUAAUUGUCAAUUAUGGAGGGUGAUUGGGAUUUUCUUUCCCUUUUUGGGGAAAUGAGUUCUCAAGCUAAACCUAUAGGAUGGGUCUGCUUCUACACAUUUGCCUAUGUUAAAGGGGUACAAGGGCUCUCUUCAUUAGACAUGUGUAAGAUGAAGCAAUCCCUGCCUUUAGGAGCUGUCUGCCUGGCACUCUUCUUGCCCUCGCAUACUCUCUGUAUAGCUUGGGUAUAGUGGUUUUUACCCUAAAAUAAAACAAAAAAACCUCACCAUGAGCAUUAGGACCAGAUGAGGAAUAACAAGUGAAGUGAAGCAAGUCAUCUUCACAGAGUAGGAAAAAGAGUGGAGAUUUGGUAGAUGAAUAUCUGGAAAAGAUAGUUGUUCUCUUAAAACUAUUCUGUGAUAUAGCCAUGUGGGAAGGGAUAUGUGACUGUGAUUAUUUUCUUAAUUAAUGGGUAACUAAAGUUCUUCCCCCACCCCUCAAAAAAUAAAAUCUUUGGAAAAGUGAAUGGGAAUGUUAGUUUCAGACAAGUUGUGGUGCUAAAAAGAAGCAUUUGUCAUUUGGGGAUGGCAUGCCAGAACCUGUAUAGAUGUCCUUGUGUCACAUCACUUCUCAAGUAUUCCUUAGUUGGGCUUUAUCCUUUUAGCUGAGCUCUUGGUGGUGGGGUAGAGAUUUAGGGAGGGUGGGGGGAGGGGGUGGAAAUGUGUGCUUCCUUUGGCUGGCAAAUGUCUAAAUCUUGAAACAGAUGUACCUAAUGAGCUUCUCCAUUCACUUUGUAAAAAUACAUUUGUAUGUGUACCAUCUUGGUCCCUUCCCCUGCCUCCGUUUUGUUAGAAAAAUUUCAGGACAGCACUCCCAGGCCACUUUGGUCUCAGUGUACGAUCCCUGUUAACUAUCUGGAAGAAAAAUAGAGACAAGACUUCUGGUCUUAAAUAUAUAGGAAUUGCCUUUCCUUAGUCUUCAGGACUAUUGUGUGAAAACAAGUAGGGGUCUAAUCUCCUAGAAGGUAGGGGCUUUUAUCCAUGAAGAGAAUAUGUCCCCAGAUUAUUAGCACUUUUAGAGGAGAAGCCAAGGUAUGUAGGGUGUGUGGCCGGCCCAUCAGUGGAGCAUGAGAGAGAACGGGACACCAUUGUGGGAAGAGAAGAAAAGUUCCUCAGGGGCCUCCCACUGCUAAAGCUUUUUUGUGAAAUGUUGAUCUGUGCUCCCUGGGUUUGACUUUGAAAGAAUUAUUCCGGCAGCACAUGUAGUAUUCUUGGAUGAUCUUGCUGCUCUUAUUUCUCUGUGUGUGUAUGUGUGUGUGUGUGUGUGUGUGUGUGUGUGUGUGUGUGUGUGUGUGUGUCUAUGGGUUUUCAUUUGUAACUCCAUCUGCUUAGGAGAGUGGGCUCUCUAUAAGGGAACCUGCUGCAAACUUCAUUGCAGUAAGGAUGUAGAGAGAAAUAGGACUUACUCCACUAGGGGCUCUCAUCUCACAUCACACCUUAAGGAAAAGGAGAUUUCUAGAAAAAUUGGGCCAGAUUUUCUUUGUUCUCCAUUAUUUUAAUGUGGCAAGCUGUUUAGUAGUCCUUUUCUGACCUGUUAUGUUCCUUUAUAAUGUGCCCCAAAGGAAAAAAUACCCCAAUCAGUGUCUCUUUACUUUGUUCCCUGAUCCCUCUCAGUUUCUUCUUGAUUUCAGCACUUGUCAGAUUCCUAAUUUUAGGGCUGGGUUAGGAAAUUUAACCUUUAUAUUUCUGCCCUACACAGGGGACUCCUCAGAUAUUGAACUUUUGCUUGACUGAGAGGAAUCCAUGAGGUGCUAUCUGGCCAGACUUAAGUGGAUUCUAUUUCCUUGGUUCUCCCUUUCUCUGAGGGCCUCUUAUUUUAUUGUCCCCUCUUCUAGAUAAUUCUCCUUUGAUUUGAGUACUUUGAGGUUCCUUGACAAGGAGGUUGGAGCAAAGUUCCAAGGGUGAAAUUACAGUGUGUUAAGAGUGAGGGGAAAAUUUGUCUUAUUUUUCCCUACAUGGGAUACAACACUGUGAAAUUCAAUCUUCAACUGAAGGCCCUGCAAUUCUCCUAAAACAUAGUUUUUUGUUUCCUUCUUUAACGAGGUUUAAGCUAGCGUUAAUAAAUUAAAAAGAGAAAUUGCUUGUCUGUCCACUUCAGCUUUGUUUUAUGCCCAUUUCAUAUUGUUGUCUGUGUUGUAAUUCAUACUUUUGAUACCAUUUCUGAUGUGUAAAAUUGGUUGUCUUGUAAAUAUCUUAUAAAGAGUUCAAUUGUAAAUAAACUAUUGUGGCUGUUAA